AUGGAAAAUACAGAAUUAUUAUUCUUUGAUACAUUUUCACAUGACAUUUCUGAAGUAAGUGUUAGGUUACUUUAUGUAUCUAUAAUAAUAUAAUAUAAUAAUUUUAACAAAAUUGUUUCAGGAACUUAAUUUAGAUUUAGUGCAAUUUCCAAAACCUGUUUAUAUAAGUGAAGUUAGAAUUAUUCCAUUAGGUGCUAGAGUUCAAGCUGAUUUUCCUGGAGGUGUUCGUUUAGGGGCUACAAAUCCAUCUCAGUUUGAAAUUGAAUUUUUUGUAAAUGAUUUAAGUAAACCUGGUGCUUCUACAUUUGAAUCACUUGGGGAAUUGGAAUAUAAACAAAAUAUUCACAUUCAAUUAGAGUGUGAAAGGAAACAAAUACCAACAGAUGGAUUGGUAUUGAGGGGCUGGUAUACUACUAUUACUUUAGCAGUAUAUGGAACAUUAACAAAAUCUUUAAAUAAUCCUCAAGAAGUUGUUAGUUCUGCUGCUGGUUCUGCAGCUUGUGUUAGUGGAUUAGAAGAAACUGGGGAAAAUGCUACUCAAAUUUCAGAACAACAAUCAGAAUGGUACUAUGAAAAUCAAGCACAGACAAAUUCAAAUGAAACAUGUGUAGCAGCAACACCUCCACCUCCUAUACAACCAAUUCAAAUAGUAGAAUCAUCCAGAAAUUCAACAUCAGAUACUGGAAAAACAGAAAUGGGACAUUGGGAAGAAGAUGCUACAAAUAGCACUUUAAAAUCUACAAAACGUCCUUCUUCACCACCUUCUGAAUCUUUAGUUUCUUUAAGUCCUGAAAGCAUAUCAGCUGAAGAAGAAGAAGCAGAACAGGAUGGUGGUGAACAAGAAACAGGAGAACCUUUUGAGCCUAUAUUAUCUGAUGAAGAUAUAAUGGCAGAUGACAUACCAUCUACAGCAGAAUAUGAAUGUGAAAAUAUUCAGUUAAAUAAUAUUUAUUCUAUAACACCACCUGAUCUAUUGGAAUUGGAAGAAUCAAUGAAUGUUGCUGAAGAAUGCCACAUUAGCAAGGAAAUGUUGGAUAAGAUUCAUGAAAUAUUUCAAUCUCUAUCAAAAUCAGUUUUACAUUUUAAUAAUGCUUCAGGUCAAGAAAAAGAAGCAUUUGUUCAUAAUUGUGAAUCUUUAUGCGCAAUACUCAGUCCUUUUCAUUUGAAUAAUACAGAUUUUAAUGAUUUGACCAAUAUCGUAAAUGCUGGUUUAGAUAUGGAUCUUGCACGUGCUCAACCUCAACCAGCUUACAAAGUUCGUCACGUUAAAGUUGGUGUACGAUUAGCAGAAACUUUGUGUAAACUUUCAGAAGGUCCAGAUAUUCUGUUAAAAGUAGAUGCACCUUAUAAAUUAUUAGCAUUGUGCAUGCGUGAAAAUGUAGCACUUCCUGUCAAACUUUCUGCUCUUCGUACAUUGGAUGCUGCAUUAAUAAGUCCAAUAAUUGUUCGAGAAUUUCUUAAAUCAAAAAGUAAUUUAUAUAAAAAUGCUCUAAUGAUGUUAGAUACAGCAAAAUUAGCAAGAUUAAAAUAUGCUUUAAGUUCAUUAUUACGAAAAGUUCAUACAUAUGAAUUUCUUGAUGAAAUGAAAGAAAUUGAUGAGUUGGCUAUUACGGAAUUAACAAAUACAUAUGUAUGUUCGCCCACAUUAAUGGCUCAACCAAAACGUCAGCUUCCAGCUGGAGCUCAAAUGGAAUUUGAACGAGAGCAUAAUCGAAAUCCUCGAUGUCAUUUGAUAGCAUAUUUUGAAUAUCACAAACUUUUAUAUCAUAUUCUAUUUGCCCUUACAUCUCCAAAAUCAGAUUUGAGUUUAAUUAAAGCUACUCGACGUUUUCUUUUACGUAUGUCUGGUACAAAAGAAGGUUUAUUAUAUUUAUUAAAAGAUCCAGAAGUUACCAAAUUAAUCUUAAAAGCUUUAAAAUGUGAUUUACCUGGUGCAGGAUCAGUUUUAGCUUGGCGUCUUCAAGUGGUACAAUGUUUAUUACAUUUAAAAUAUCAACCUUCUGAUUGGAUGGCUUUAAAAAAACUUCAUUCUUUCUUGAUAUUUCCUGAAGGUUUACAAGCUAUAAUAACAGUACUUCCUAAAGGAGAAUUUAUUGAUAUUUUAAUUCCUUAUCUUUCUGAUUCAAAUUUGUGUGAAUUCUCUGCAGAAAUUAUAUCAGCAACAAUUCGUUAUUCUGAUCGAAUAGAAAUAUUUCAAAAUCGUGCUGCAAUUAUUUUAGAAAAAUCACGAACACAAGCUGUAUUAAAAGAUGUUGUAUCAUAUCUGACAACAGCAGCACAGCCAUCUCAUUGGAAUUAUGGGGAUGUUUCUCCACUUGUUGCAUGCAUUAGAAAAAAUGCAGAUAAGGCAGCUUCUUUGCCAGGACAACUAAUUACAGCAUGUAGAAUUCUACAUUAUCUUAUCUUUCCUUCAAACAAUGAUAUAGAUCCAAUGGAACCUUACAUUGAAUUAAAGUACAGGAAUGCAUUAACUCAAUUGUUUGCUGCUGAUGGCUUAACAGCUCUUAUUGCAGUUAUGGCCAAUAUUUCAGAAUUUUAUGAACAACCAUUUUUACAUCGUGCAGCUCUAACAGGCAGAAGAGGUUUAGCAUUAGUUGCAUUACUUCUUCCAUGUGUAAAGUUAACAAGAGCAUUACUGGAACGUCUUGUGAAAUGUAUGGCUACAGAUUUCAAAGAUCUAACAGCUGUGAUACCAUUACUUGGCGUUUAUUCAUUAGUAGACGCUAUUCCUCCUAUUCGAAUUGUUCAAACUUUAUCUGAAGAGAUAGUAGGAACACUUUUAGUAUUUACACAGGCUGUAGAUUCAGAUGGAUCAGGAAAUGUAGCAAAAUCAUUAUGGACACAAAUGUUAGGUGAAGUCCUCAAGAUGGUUUCUCUAAGCCCAUGUAAUUUUAUACCUGGCUUAAAACUUUUAACAAGUUUAUUGCCACCUGUUUUAACUUUAAAAGAAACAAUGACCGAAGAUGCUACCCGAGUUUUAGGCUUUAGAAAAUUAUGGUCUGCACACUUGCAAGCGCAAGCUAAUAACUUAACUGAAACAUUACGACUACUUUGUGCAAGUUGGAAUAAAGAUUUAUUAGUACUUCUCUCAAAAGUAUGUAAACAAUUAAGUGAUUUAGCAGCACCUACAGCAUUACUUGUAGGUAGAUGUUUAUUAGAUGGUGUAAUAGCUGCCACACCGCUAGAAAGUAAUGUUUUAAUUCUUGUUUUACUUAGUGAACUUGCAAGACACGCACCUAUGAAAGCUACUUUGUUAACUUUAACCAGUCCUGCAUCUAGAGCACAAGUUAAAUCUGACCAAAAAUAUCCACCUGUUAUUGAAAUGAUGUGUGUGGUACUUAAAAAUACGAACGAUAUUCGAAUGCAAUAUGAAAUUUUAGAUAUCUUUGAAACAUUGUGCGAUUGUACACUAAGUCUUAUGCAAGAAGAUAACAGUGAACCAUUUGAAAAGAAACUUACACAUUCAGUACCGAGUAAAGAACCACUUUUAUCUAUUUUAGCUGCAUUAAUUGAUAUAUUAGCAACUAGUACAAAAUUUGAAUCUGAUAUAUUACAAAGUACACUUCGUAUACUUUUGUCUCUUAUUAGUCAUAAUUAUGGUUUGUAUCAUGUAAAAAGCUGUUUAGAAAACAAUCCUGAUGCAUUACGAUCAUUAUUAGACCAUAUCUCUACCUUGGAAGAUUCAGAAGCUCAAUCUGUUGUGGAUUUAACUAUAAUGUUUUUAGAAAAUUUAAUUGCAUCUGAAUCACAAGGAAGAUCUUUGUAUCUACGUAUACAGCAAUUAGCAGCUUUAAUAUUGUGGGAUAAGAAUGAUCAUCCUUUGGAAAAAAUAAAACGUGCACAAGAAUUAGUUGAAAUCCUAAAAUCUGCAGAAGAUAAAGAAGAAAAAGAACCAAUUCCAGAAAUGUUAGAGCCAUUAUUACCAACUCCUGAAGCUCUAUUGAAUCAAUUCUCUCAACGAUGUUUGGGUACUCCAAAUUUUGCUUCUAAACGAUCAAAAAAAUUUACAUUUAUGUGCCCAAAUCAAGUAUCAAAUGAAAAUACAAUAGAUUUAUUAGCACUUGCAGCUGAACUACUUCCUACCGAUUUUAAUUUGUUAACAGAAGCUCAAAAUUUAUGUUCUAAAACUCCACCUGAUGAUGCUACACAACCAUUACAAUCAAAAGUUCAGACUGAUGAUCAAGAAACUAGAGAUGUACAAAAACAAACAUCUCCUGUUUCUAAAGUAAAACAACCGUUUGUUACACCUAUGCGGGGUCGAACACAAUAUACUAGUUCUUUGAGAAGUGGUCCAGUAGUAGGAAGUGUGGGGAGAGGAGCAGAUCCAUUUAGAUCGAGACCACCAAAUACUUCACGACCACCUUCCCUUCAUGUAGAUGAUUUUGUAGCAUUAGAAACAUGUGGAGCACAACCAACGGGACCUACAGGAUAUAAUAAACUUAGUAUUCGUGGUACUUGUCCCUCACGUGCAAUCAAUACAGGAACAAGAAGUCGUCCUUGGACACAAGAAACUCGUCCUCCUUAUCUUCGCUAA